UCACCACCUCCAAAUACAAGCAAGCCAUAUUUAAUGCAAGGCCUGGUGUGCCUUGGAGCUGUUGCUUCUCUACAAAUACAUUGUGUGCCAUGGACGGCGAUCUGAAGACGCGAAGGGUUCAGUUUUCUGGAGUAGGAAAGGCAGACAAAGGUGCCAGGCAAUCUUCAACGAUACAGACGCAAGAAGACACAGCUUUUGGAAGAGCGCAAAUGAACAGCGACGAGGAAUACAGCGCUGCAUUUGCAGCCACAAUUGCUGCCGCAGCAUAUGCAAUCGCGGCACGAGAAGAGAAGCUAGAAGCUCAGAAGAAGCCCUUCCCCGUUGAUGUGCCGACUGCUGCGCCUCAUGUCCAGCCACCGAUCAAGAGAGGCGAAAGCACUAGAAAGCCUACAGGAGGCAGCAAGGUCUCAAGAUGGUUCAGUGCCAAAGAGACUGCAGAAGAUGACUACGACGGACCAGCCAAUGUAUCAGUAAGGAGGCCGCUGAAACCAGAACAGAGAAAGCCCGGAGGCACUGGCUCGGAUCAGAAGGUGCCACUGCCACUGCCACCAAAGAUGCUUGAUUCUUCUGUAAGUGCGAAGAAGCCUUCAGGUUCCUCCAGAAAAUCACCAGACAGGAGAGGGAGCAAGAGGUUUGAGCAGGAGCAGGCAAUUCAGAGGGCACCAUCAGCUGUCAGGCCAGCGACAUCAUAUCAGUCCAGGCGGAACGACGAUGUCGCAGCUGGAGUAACUGCUAUUGCCGGCACACAAACCAAGGCUGAAGCAUGGGAGAAGGCAAAGCUUGCAAGAAUCAGGGAGGAGUACGAAAAGAUGAUCGAGACCAUAUCCGAAUGGGAAACUGAGAAGAAGGUGAAGGCCAAGCGCCAAAAAGAACAAAAAGAGGUUGAGUUGGACAAGAAGAGAGCAAAAACACUGGCAGAAUACAAUCAGGAAAUGACAAGGAUCAACAAAAUUGCUGGAGGGGCAAGGUCAAUGGCAGAGGAAAGGAAAUAUGAUGAUGAGAAAAGGAUCAGAGAGAAGUCGAAGAAGAUACGAUCAACUGGAAAGUCUCCCCGUGGGUGCUGCUUUUGAAAUAUUACAUUCUACAAAAUUUGGAACAUGAAGGGCAACGGCUUGAAUGCUAUAUAAGUUUCACAAUAGCCAUUUAUUGUAUUGCAAAAAGUAAUUGGUUUGAUGAAUGAUAAGAGUGUAUAAUUGCAUCCGACAUGCAAUGGUAUUGUAUUGGGAGCAGCAUAAACAAGUUAUAAGGUUGUCUGGUUGUGGAUAAUCAAAAGUACAACAAAUUUGUGCACA